AUGUCUAAGUCCGACCUGGAGAAUAGCUCGGAUUCCGAUGCGCCUUCGAAUGCGAAUGCCGUGGCUGCGGCUAAACCGACAGUAUGGCAGCGGUUCAAGGCAAGCUUGAAGAGAUGGUGGUGGUGUUACGUGAUCGGAGUCAGCAUCGUCGUCUUAGUGGUGGUUCUUCCAAUCGUCUACGUGGGCAUCCCCCACAUCGCCAACUCCUACAUCAACAAAUACCAAUUCGACUACGAGGGUCUAGCUAUCACAAAUCCUCGCCCGACUGCAUUCCACAUCAAGCAAUCCACGAAGCUCAAAAUAGGCGGCGGAUUCAGCGGCAGCGGCACAUUGACACCCUUCAAUGCAAGCUGUAAAGUCCAAUCCAGCGACGAAGAAUUUGCUGUCUUCACCAUGCCGACGAUCGAUUUCGGCAAAGGCGCAAACUUGGACAUCGAUCAAGAUCUAGAAUUGUCAUGCGUUGAUUGCAUGUCGCAGUUGGCCGUUGAAGCGGUGACGAAUCAUAGCUUUGGGGUUUUAAUAACGGGGACGCCGUAUUUGAAGUAUGAGGCUUUGCCAACUGCUCAUUUGAAUAUUCAUAUGCUGAUGCAUAUGAACGGAUAUAAUUUUACUGGCGAGUUUACCGAAGAGGUGUAUUUCUUGAACGAGAACGGUGCCUUUAAUGUGACGAGCGUUGACUUGCUGGAUCCGCCCGUCGACGGAUUCAAUGUGAAUGCCACGAUGACCAUUCGCAACCCGACACCCUUCAUCAUUGAGAUGGGCCAUAUCACCUUCAACCUUAGCAUGGGAGGCUCGGAUCUGGGUUACAUUGACCUUCCCAACCUGAUGCUUCAGCAGGACGUGUCCAGCUCCGUGGUCCUCGGAAACCUCGACAUAUCGAUGCUCGUCCAUGAGGCUCUUUUCGGUGACGGGGAACUUGGAGAGGUCACCAUUGACGUGAAGGGUCACAGCUGUGACUACAACGGACUGGAAAUCCCCUACUUUGCAGCAGCCAUCAAGGCUAUCCAAGCAUCGACCACCCUCGACCUGUUGAACUACGCCUCAAGCCUGCAGAAUUUCUAG